AUGUCAUCUAUAAUCAAUGGGUCAUCUACUGUACCCUUGAUUGCAGGUUCACAGGAAUUGCUUGAUGAUGCACUCAUUUUUUAUACAAAUGUGCUUGAUUUUAGUGAGCAUUCGAAAAAAGACAAUUGUGUGUUUUUAGCCAAUAGAGACCAAGUUGUCAUUGAGCUCAAGUUGGAUCCAAAAAAGGGGAACUCGGCACGUGAGGUAAAGGAAAGGAGGAAGGAGAUUUUAUCGAAAUUGAACAUUGUUGAUUGGAGAUCGCUCGAUACUACUUUUGUGUUCAAAGUUGGCAAUUUGGUUGAUACUAUUGAAAUUUUGAACAGCUUCAAGUAUACCUUGCAGAUCACUCCUAAUGAAUUGUACCCAAAUGAGGCUUAUUGUGUCGAUCCCUUGGGUUACAUCAUUGGGUUCACCGCUUGUAACGAGCCGCUAACAGUAGUACCACCUUUGCAAAAGGCAAAUCCCAAAACGGAUACCAGCUACUUGCCUUCAGCAAUGAUGUCCACUACAGGAAGCUUUUCCAAAUUGAGCGAAAGUUUGCAAUUAAGUACAAACAGUUUGAAACCAAGAAGAAAUAUUGCCAUAAUGACUUCGGGUGGUGAUGCUCCAGGUAUGAAUGCUUCUGUAAGAGCAGUUGUUAGAGCCGCCAUCUUCCGCGGAUGCAAAGCUUUUGCUAUUAAAGAAGGCUACGAAGGGUUGGUUAGAGGCGGAGAAAAGUAUAUCACCGAAAUGAAAUGGCAAGAUGUUCGUGGAUUUUUAAGUGAUGGUGGUACCAAUAUUGGAACUGCAAGAUGUAUGGAGUUUAAAAAGCGCGAAGGAAGAUUAAAAGGUUGCCGUCAUUUGAUUGAAGCUGGAAUAGACGCGCUCAUCGUCUGUGGUGGUGACGGCUCGUUAACUGGUGCAGACUUGUUUAGAAGCGAGUGGCCUUCAUUAAUCGCCGAGUUGAAAGAACAAAAGGAAAUCUCUGAGGAACAAUACGAGAAACAUAAACACCUUUACAUUUGUGGUAUGGUUGGGUCAAUUGAUAAUGAUAUGGCAACAACGGAUUCGACGAUUGGCUGCUACUCAGCUUUGGAAAGGAUUUGUCGUGCCGUGGACUAUAUCGAUGCUACAGCAAAUUCACACAGUCGUGCUUUUGUCGUUGAAGUGAUGGGAAGACACUGUGGUUGGUUAGCACUAAUGGCUGGUAUUGCUACCAGUGCCGAUUACAUAUUGAUCCCGGAAAAGCCUGCAUCGUCACAAGAUUGGCAAGACCAAAUGACAACUAUUGUUAAAAACCAUAGAGCCAAGGGGAAAAGGAAAACUAUUGUCAUUGUUGCAGAAGGUGCUAUCACGCUAGAUUUGACACCAAUUAGUUCUGAAGAUGUUAAAAACGUAUUGGUUGAUAGACUUGGAUUAGAUACUAGAAUCACCACUUUAGGUCAUGUGCAAAGAGGAGGUACCGCCGUUGCUUUUGAUAGAAUAUUGGCAACGGUGCAAGGUGUUGAAGCUGUCAAAGCAGUAUUAGAGUUGGAACCAGACACCCCUUCACCUUUAAUUGCAAUUGACGAAAAUAAGAUUUGCAGAAGACCGCUCGUUGAGGCAGUGAAGAUUACAAAGUCUGUAGCUGCAGCAAUAGCCGAAAAAGAUUUUGAAAAGGCAAUGUCUUUGAGAGAUUCUGAAUUCAAGGAACACUUGUCGAAUUUCAUUGCCAUGAAUAGUGCUUGUCACGAUGAACCAACACUACCAUUAACUAAGAGAAAGACAAUUGCUAUUAUCAAUAUAGGAGCACCAGCAGGUGGUAUGAACUCGGCUACUUAUGCAAUGGCCACUUAUUGUAUGUCAAGGGGACACACUCCAUAUGCAAUUCACAAUGGUUUUUCUGGUUUGUCAAGACACGAGUCUGUGAAAUCGAUAAAUUGGCUUGAUAUCGAAGGAUGGAAUAGCGUUGGAGGUUCUGAUAUUGGUACCAAUAGAAAAACACCCGAGGAGACCGAUAUUGGUAUGAUUGCUCAUUACUUUGAGAAAUAUAAAUUUGACGGGUUGAUAAUUGUAGGAGGAUUUGAAGCUUUCAUUUCUUUGCAUCAAUUGGAAAAAUCAAGACCCAUGUACCCAGCAUUCAGAAUUCCAAUGGUUUUGAUUCCCGCUACUAUUUCAAAUAACAUUCCAGGUACAGAGUAUUCAUUGGGUGCAGAUACUUGUCUUAAUGCAUUAAUGAAUUAUUGCGAUAUCAUUAAACAAUCUGCAUCUGCCACUAGAGGCAGAGCUUUUGUUAUUGAAGCACAAGGAGGUAACUCUGGAUACAUUGCCACAUAUGCCUCAUUAGUAAGUGGCGCACAAGCAUCGUAUGUUCCUGAGGAAGGUAUACAUUUGACGCAGUUGCAGAUGGAUAUAGACUCACUUCGAGAAGCUUUUGCAUUGGAGAAGAGUACAACCAAAACAGGUAAGUUGAUUAUCAAGUCAAGCAAUGCUUCUCAAGUGUUGACUCCACAAGUAUUGGCAGAUAUCAUAAAUGCCGAGUGUAAAGGAGAAUUUGAUGUGAAAACGGCUAUUCCUGGACACGUACAACAGGGUGGGUUACCCUCACCAAUAGAUCGUACAAGAGCUGAUAGGUUUGCUAUCAAAGCGGUUCAAUUCAUUGAAGAUCAUUGCGAUUUGAUGGAACCUGUAAGGUACGCCAUUGACUUUAGUCAAGAUGGAAAGAAGUAUACUGAAACUGCCGCCGUAUUGUGCUUGAAAGGCUCACACUUGAGAUUCUCUUCAAUUCGCAGAUUAUACAACUUUGAAACUGAAUUGAGUAAGAGGAUGCCAAAGAAGGUGUUUUGGAGUAAAACAAGAAGUAUCGCAGACGAUUUGGUUGGUAGAAACAGGUACAAGCCUGUUGAGGAAAUAUCUCACUAA